AUGGAUUAUAACUCAGACCGUGGUCAUGAUGACUCUUAUCAUCGCCACCUACAAGACGAACAGCUUCCACCGUCGGAUUAUGAAGUGGAGACUGUUGAUGACCGUAGGAACGGUGGCGCAGCCGUCGACACUGGUGGGAUGCAGAUGAAGCAAUCCGUUGAACAUCGCCAUUCUUCUUCGUCCAUGUCCUCUCCUGGGUUAGUGGUAUCUUUGGGGUUGAAACUAUUCGUUGGUGGAGUUUCCUGGGAAACAACUGAAGAAACUUUUGCGAAUUACUUUGGGAAGUUUGGAGAACUUGUCGACUCUGUAAUCAUGACAGAUAGAAUGACAGGAAAGCCAAGGGGGUUUGGGUUUGUAACUUAUUCUGAUUCAGCUGUUGCAGAGAGAGUUUUGGAGGAAGAACAUGUAAUAGAUGACCGAAAGGUUGACCUGAAAAGAACAGUGCCUAGAGGGGACAGGGAUGCCGAUGUUAAACCGGUACCAAAGACGAGAAAAAUCUUCGUUGGUGGACUUCCACCGUUUUUGGAAGAAGAUGCGCUGAAGAAGUAUUUCUGUGUGUAUGGUGAAAUAGUUGAGCAUCAGAUCAUGUACGACCACCACUCUGGAAGGUCAAGAGGGUUCGGUUUUGUAACCUUCCUGACUGAAGAUUCUGUGGACAGACUUUUCUCCGAUGGAAAAGUCGAAAUAAAAAGGGCUGAACCAAAGAGAACAGGAAGAGAUGGCAGCUUUCGAGGCAAGUAUGAUCAGGAAGAUUGUUAUGGUGGGAAAGCAAAUGAUGAUUACAAUAUGUAUUCGGGUUAUGGUGGAUAUGGCGGUUAUGGAGCCUAUGCAGGGAACUCCAUGGUUAAUGCCGCUGGAUUUUAUGGUUACGGUGGUGGCUAUGGCUAUGGUUAUGGCUAUGGAGGUCAAAUGUUUAACGUUGGCUAUGGAGCUGGCGGUUAUAGCCAUAUGGGUGGUGGCUAUGGUGUUGCCGCAGCUGCUGCUUUUGGAGGUGGAAAUGCUCAUGGAAACGGUAACAGCGGCUCAAGUAGUGGCAGAGGAAAUGGGACUAAUGGUUCAGGGCCAGGUCGAUACCAUCCUUAUCAAAAGUGA